AUUACCAUUACAAUUUCAAUUCCCCAACGGAGUAGAUGUGACAGCGAGCGAGCAAUGAAGCUGCCAUCGAAGGUGGAUAACGCGUGGACGCGUUUCGUGGCAAUGUUCUCGCUGCCCGAUUUGCUGGUGUUGGCCUGCCUGUGGGCCAGUGGUUUCUCCCUGGGUUACUACUCAAAGUCCGCGUAUGUCUACGACAAUCUCUGGCCCCACUGGUAUGCGCUGGUGGGUGGCGCUGUGACCCUCGUCCUGGCCCUGGGCUGGACCCUGCGCAAGCACAAGCGGCAGAAGUACAGCUACGAUCAUUACUACAUCAUCUUCUAUGGCCUGUUGUGUGCGCUGAUGGGCAGCUGCUUCAUGCUCACCAAACAGUUGGCCGUUAGCUACUACUUCACCUUUGUGGGUCUGAGUGUCGUGUAUCUGUCGGGCUUUAGCUACGUGAGUCUGCGCUGCGAUGCCUCGGGAUUACGACCUGCCAGGAUCGCCCUGGCCAAUGCGCUUCAUGCCUGUGGCCUGGCCAGCGGAUUUGUGAUCUUUAACGAGCUGGAACCGCAGCGCUGUGGCCUGAUUACGCUCGGCAUCAAUCUGCUGUUGAUUUCGAUGGUGUGCCUCAACGAACUGCUGCAGCACGUGGGCUGCCACAGCUACAAGGAGUCGCGGGAUUUGGUCUUCAAUCUGCUGAACGAGGAACGAAUGGUGUUCCUGCCACGUCAGGCGGUGCUCGCGCAGUUUGUGGGACGCACGGAUUACCAGCUGCUGGCCAGCAGGCAGUGGCUGGUCCUGAUCCUCGGCGGUUUGCUGGUCACGCUGCAGCGGAACUGCCUGCUCUUCUCCCCCAGCUACCUGCAGCUGAUGUGGAGUGCCACCACGGGCUAUGUGCAGCGGACGCAUCUCUUCGCGCCGUUCGUCCUGUACGCUGCGGGAUGUGGCCUCGGGGCGCUGCUGCUGAUGCGCUACACCCCCAAGCUGGUGUACCUCCUCUUUGGGGUCAUCCAGGUGACGCUGAUCGUGGCGCUGCUGUGCAUCUACAGCGAGGAGCAGUCGGAGCACUGUUUCCUCUUCCUCUGCCUCAUCUAUGCCACCAUGGGCGUCCUCUCCAGCCAGUCCCUCCACUGGCUGCUCGAGUGCUCGCCCUUCCUCUACACGGAGCUCGCUCUGGCCAUUGGCUUCGUGUUGCAGCUGGCCAUCCUCGAGGGCUACAAGUACGAGGCGAAUGUGGAUGACACUUGGACGGCUCUGCUAGCGGGCAGCGUGGUCACUUUGGUGCUCACCUCCCUGGCCAUUCCCAUGGUGCAGUGGCUGCAGCCGCACUCCGCCAGCCUCGUGGAUGUGCGCAAUCGACUGCUGGGCAUACACCGGCAAUCCUCCGCGGGGGAACAGACGCAGUUCUGGCAAACGAAUCACUUUCUGGUGCACAACAAACCGCCACACGAGCUGCAGUCCGUGCGGCUGUCCAAGAGUCGCAUUUUCCAGCAGUAUCCGAUUAGUGGCCUCGACAAUCCCAAGCAGAAGUUUUGAUA